UCUGUCAACUCUCAUUGAGAAAACACCCUGGACAAUCUUUGUGAGCGCAGUAACUGGCCCAGAGUGUGUCUAUACACGAUACUCCCCGCUGUACCAAUAGCCCGGCCUGCGGGAAAAACACAAUACCCAGUUUGUUCCUUCUAUUCUAUACCGAGUUCAUGAGAAAGUUCUCACUUGAGUGAAAGACACCUGACUGAUUGAUUCUCCGAGCACGUCGUGCAGAUUUGACAGGUAAAGACUGUAGGAUUGUGACCGCGCGGCUAAUCUUGACAGGAGCUGUAGCAACAGUGAUCAAGUGAUCGGAUCAGGCCCAACCGGAGUUGACUACUUGCAUACUGGGAGAUCCCGGCAGAGAAGAAAUCUUCCGGUGAGAUACCUACCAGGAGAUGCGGAUACUGAUAAAUAAUUAUCUGUGAUUGGACAACACGUUGCUGUCACGUUGAUAAGUACAAGGAAGCUUGUAUAGCGAGAGACAGGUAUCUUGAUACGUAGUCGGGAUUAGAUUACCAGAUUGGUGAAACACGACGCGCUGCCAGUCAAAGACCGUCUCCUGAAGAUUUUACUCAGUACACUCGACUUAAACUAUGAGGAGUGUCGUCGGUAGUGUAGAAGAGGGCGUCAGUGCCACCAUUUUCGAUAACAACAACGUCAGUAGCAAGCCCAUGGCAAGUGUCGUCUGCGACGAGCACGUGCAGAUCGUGAAAGACGUGCAGGCAGCCGAGAGCGUUCAUCUGCCCUCAAGGUAUAAGAAGAGGCUGCAGCAAAGAGGGAAAGAAGCGGCCGACGAUGAGGAGAAAGAUCUGGAGUCGCGAGAGAAAGACCUUGGGGUGGCUCUCAAGUGGAUCAGACAGGAAAUACUGCAGAUGAAGGAGCAAGACAAAUCUCUCCUGAAACAGUUCAUCGAGCUCCGGGCGAACAUCCUCCAGUUGAGAUGCAUGUACGAGUACCACUCCUCCAACUCCGAUGUCAGCAGCUUGGAGGGCAGCACCGCGUCCCUUAACGACGCCCACAAGCGACGGCACAAGUUGCCCCGUUGCGACAGUGACUUCACCUCUCGCACCAAGUCCCUCCUGUCUCUACAAGGCUCCCCCAGGUGUACCCGGAUCAAGUGGAGAAGUGACGAGUACAUCUGAACACGAAUGGGUGCAAAUCUGGUAUCUCAUAUUUCACCUUGCUUGAGCUGUGAUGGUUGAUGGUUGUAGAUGCAUCCCGGCGUGGACAUCAGUGUUUAAGGAUGCACCCGUGGCACAGCAGCGUGUGAUGGACCAACCAUCAACCUCCCAUUACCGGACACCUGGAUGCAAUCUGGAAGGACCCGGAAGUCGCGUGUUGCUGACUUCUUGGUGUUGCUGAAGUUCUAGAACGUUGCUGAACAUUCAAACUCAAUGGUGCCGUGCAUGUUAGAUCAAAGACAACCAUGUAGUUGAGAUCUCAUUUGUUUUUUCUAUUCUUUUCUAUCGGUUUUACUGUUUACUUUUGCGGUAUUGUGGUGGAUACAUCAGUUCCUAACUUCGGGGCAACAACUGCCACAGAUCUAGGGAGGCAUGCCGGUAAAAAAACAUUCCAUGUAUUAGAUAUUCAAAGACCUUGCACUUAUCUAACCAACGUGCAAGGGUACCCAACGUGCUGGGGUAACGGACACACAAGAGAAACCAACGAAUCCAGAAGCUUCCCGCCAUACUACUGAGUCUGAAUUGUCUGCAUUGCUGUCUGCAGACAUGCCCAGAUUAUUGAUGAUGUAGGAGUUCUACAUGCCUGACGGGGCUGGUUGGCUGGUCUAACAUCAUGGUGCACCAAGCAUCUAGAUCUCGCCCCUGGACUUUGUUGUGCAGCUGACGUUAUGAAUUCCAUACAUGUGUGUGAGAGAGAACCUAGUAUUGACAGUGUUUGUUAUGUUGAAGAUGGUGCUAUGUCAGUUUCAUGUUUGCAAAUACAAAGUUUAUUCAAUAAAUUAUUGCCAUGACUU